CUAGAUUUAACCGAACGGCAGUGUAUAUAAAAAAAGUCGCGAUAUUUUGACAGUUUUUUGUAAUAAAAAAAAAUCACAGACUCUGCGAAUUUGUCGUAGAGCCGGCAACUGUUUAAAAGAACGGCGCCGGCGCGAGGCCUACCGGCGAUCCGGCAAACUAAUCGACAACACAGAUAAUAUACCAAGAUGGUGUCCGGUUGACAGACGAGGGGAGUGGCGAAACGUAAAAACCCGUAGUUUUGCGGUGUAGAGUAGAAACGAGCGCCGGCUAAAUCCGGUCGAAUUAGGGCUCACCGUCGCGCCGCUCUCUCGGCCCUUUCGCGAGCGAAUUACACGCGCAAAAACGGUACGCGAGCGCCGCUAACGGAACGACCUUUGCGAUAAUCCCGUGUGUGCCAUGACGUUUAAUACUUGAAAUACAAAUCGUCGACACACCCCUCGGUUAAACAUCAACUCAUCUGUGAUAAUAUUGUAAUUAUGGCCGUUCGCAUGGACAACUCGACGCCCAAUAGGAAAAUCAACUACAAAAUCACGACAAACAACGGCGGCGGCUCCAGCGGCAUCCGACCGACGUCGGCCUCGACGCAACCGUACGGAGGCGGCGGAGGUGGUGGAGGCGGCGGGGGCGGAGGAGGAGGCGGCCUGAACAGUAAAUCGGCGACGGCGAUGGCGACGCAACACCAGCCGUACCGCGGCCAAUGGAGCAACGUCGGCGCCGGCCACCACAACCAGCACCCGACGGCGGUGGCGGCGGCCGGCGCCUACUUCCAGCGGUACGCCGUCGCGCAGCAACCGGCGCCGCAGCAGGCGCAAUCGCCGGCGCAGAAUUCCUACACGCCCUGUAGCACUACCAAUAAUAGUAAUUACAAUUCUAAUUCGUACCAGAAUCAAAGAGUGCCAACGGCCACGUCACCGUCGAAUGCGAGCAGUUCGAGCAGUCACACCGGUAGCCAGAGCGGCAACAACGUAUCGACGAACCUUAGCAACAACAUGCCCAACAACACGAAUUCGUCGUCGAACAACAGCACGACGGGCACCGAGCAACUGUCGAAGACCAAUCUCUACAUCAGGGGAUUGAAUCCCGGCACCACCGAUAAGGACCUAGUUACAAUGUGUCAACAGUUUGGCACGAUCAUAUCCACCAAAGCGAUUUUAGAUAAAAAUACGAAUAAAUGUAAAGGUUAUGGUUUCGUAGAUUUCGAGUCACCCGCGGCGGCCGAAGGGGCGGUGAAGGCUCUGACCGCGAAAAACAUACAGGCGCAAAUGGCCAAAGUGGGUAUUUGCUAUCAACAACGUAGAAAAGCCACUCAACAAGAACAGGACCCUACCAAUUUGUACAUAGCUAAUUUACCGCCGACAUUCAAGGAAUCCGACUUGGACAACAUGCUGUCCAAAUACGGACAAGUAAUAUCGACGCGCAUCCUACGCGACGCCGCCGGCGUCUCGAAGGGCGUCGGUUUCGCGCGCAUGGAGAGCAAGGAAAAGUGCGAGUACAUCAUACAGAAUUUCAACGGGAAAGUCCUGUCGGGCGGCAAGGAGCCGUUGCUCGUCAAAUUCGCCGACGGCGGCAACAAAAAGAAGAACAUGUACAAGAGCAACGAGAACGCCAAGAUGUGGCGCGACGCCUCCGAGACGCUGACGACGGUGCCCUACGAUCCGGCGGCGCUCGCCCAGAACGGCGUCGCCGGCCAGCAUCUCAUGCCCGCCUUGGCCACUAAUUACAGGCAUUACAAUCAGUUUCCUUCGUACACGACGGGCCAAUGGCCGUUGCCCUACCUGAUACCGCCUCCGCUGCAAACGGUGGAAGAAAGCUACAAUUUGUCGGGCCACAUGGCGGCCCAAUACAAGAACGACGGGCAGCCGCCGCGCGCGAUUCCGCUGAUGAUGCAGUCCGCAGAGACCGGCGUCCCUUACCCUAAUCUUAUACCUCAGCUGACAGCACAAAUGGGAGCGAUGCAAAUCAGCACGGGAUCGUACAUUUCCCCCCAAUAUCCCUAUUACCCCCAAUCGACGACGAUAUUGCACGCCGUGCCGGUGGAUUCCGAGCACACCUCGAACGCGGCGAGUCCGGAAGAUCCCUAUCAGACCUAUCAAGGACCUCCCAAAUUUGGCAACUACGCUUUUUCUGUGCACGAUCCAGUAAAAUAAAUUCACGACCCUGCGAUGUGGAUUAACGGUAAAGGCGAAUUAUCCAAAAAGAGAAAUCGAUGAUUAGCGGAAGUUUCUAUGAAAUUGAUCGAUUCGAAUGUCUGAUGUAUGUAAUUUGAUCGACCGGUUAGUUAAUUCAUAGGUUUGUUGAUCGAUUCGUAAAUUUAAUGGUGAUGUAAUAUCGAUUUUUUUGCAACUCUCCGCAUUCGAAUCGAUGCGUUUUCAGCUGAAAUUUUCGAUGCAGAUUUGUUGUUGUUGACAUUCCAAUGUCUUGAUAUUUUUGUUAAAUAUUUAUUCACGCAGAUAUUUUUAAUUUUUUUUUUUGGGGAUGCUUCCGAAACUCUUCUCCUUUUCUUCCUCUGAUAAUUUCAUCCUCGCCCCGUCCUCGUCCUUUUUAUUUUUGAAACGUAUCCCCCGUUUUUUAUGUACAGUUGGAACGUGUAUAGUGCAAUUUUUUUUUGUUUUUUUUUUAUUAGAUUUAUUUAUGAUUGAAAAAUAUAAUAUAUUUGAUUCGGAAUGCUUUUUGAAAACGGACUGACGUUAUUUAAUUUAUUAUUUUUACGCACGGCGUCCGGUAGAUAAACUUAGGUAAAAAGCGAAUGAAGCUGUGAUUUUACGCGACUCUUUAUUUUAUAUUUUAUUUUUUUACUCCGGUUUCUGCGUGUGGUUGGAAAUGUUGCGGGAUGUUCUCCGAGUUUAUUUACUGGAAUAAAUAUGUAUUUUUAAUUGGUAUUCGUGAAAGAUAUGCGACAAAAAGGAAAAAGCCUUCGAAAAAUCGACGAGUUGGAAGUCGCGUUUACACGUCUCGUUCGAUUUGUUUUACUAAUUUAUUUAUUUAUUGAUUUUUUUUAUCGAGUGGAAAUUGUUACUCAAUUUGAAGCCAGACUGUCCUUUGGAUGAAUAGUAAGAGGUCGCGAAUGACAGUUGUAAAAGUUCUGCGAAUGACAGUUGUAAACAUUCUGCGAAUGACAGUUGUAAAAAUGUUCUGCGAGUUAACGUUGACAGUGCAUGCGAAAAAUAAAAAUGGUGAACAUUUUGUAACAGCGUCCACUUUGAAACGAGAUUAUUGCGGAAAUGAUGGGCGUGUAGACGCGUAAAAAACUCGGUGAGUGAAUAAUUACAUUAUAAUCGACGUCAUUUUGAACGGUACUUUACACACGAGAGACAAUUGUGCCUUUUCAGAUUGUCCACACACAGGGAUAUACUGAAAAAAAAUAUUUUAUAUAUUUUUUUAAAACUCGGCUGUAUUUCAUAAAAAAAAGCAUAAGCCGAUAAACUAAAUUUUUUACCUUAUAGUUAUGCGUUUGUAGACGGUUCGUAUAAAAAAAAAACGUUAUCCGCUUUUCAGUUUUUUCGCCAAGGUCUCGGAACCUUGAGAGGUUGGAUCAUUAGGAUUCUUGAGUGACGUCACGGGAAUAUUGUGACGUAAAAAGCGACCUCCUAAUCGAGAGACCUUGGGUUGUUUUUGAAUCCGUUCUUGUCUUUAUUUAAUUUUUUUUGUAUUCAUUUCGCGGAGGUCGGUUUUAACACGUCGAGCGCCGUGCGAGCACUCAAUGUGUUAUAAUAACAAAAGCGUAACUGUUUACUGCUAUUGCAGAGCGUUGUAAGCAAAAUUGCGACCUCCUUGGGAUUAUUUUUAACGUAACGUUAGGUAACAAUUUACUAGGAGACUAACUUUUAUUGAGUGCGCCCUUUUUUACGAAGGGCGACGGUUUUUUCGCUUGGCUUUUUGGACGGGAAAAUAAUGCAUUUCAAAAAACUAUAAGGCGGUGUCAGAAAGAAAAUCUUUGAUAUCGAUGAAAUGAUGAAUCUAGUGUGCUCGUUUUGGUUGUUUUUUUUU